GGGGGGCCCCGGCGGGGGCCCCGAGGGGGGGGAGGCUGGGGAUCGGUUCUGCAUGAUAUCGGGGCCGGUGCCUGCGGUGUGUGGGGCUGUGCUGCGGCUGGGGCUGCCGCUGCAGGAGAAGCUGCAGCAGCAGCAGCAGCCGCUGCGGCUGCUGAUUCCCUUCAGGUUUGUGAGUCCUUUGAUUGGGACUAAGGGCAGCAUCAUUCGGGAGAUGCAGCAGAAGUCGGGGGCCCUCAUCCAGAUCUCCAAGGGCUCCGGGGGCCCCCCGGGGGCCCCCGGGGGCCCCCCGGGGGCCCCCGGCGAGUGGGGCGACCAGCAGCAGCAGCAGCAGCAGCAGCAGCAGCAGCGGCUGAGCCCGCGGGAGCAGCACCGGAUAAUAUCUGUGGAGGGCCCCACAGUCUCCAGGAUUGUGGCCUUGGGAUUAAUUUGGCAAAGAAUCCUCGGAGUGGAGUACCCUGAACUGGCCCGGGGGGGGGCCCCCCUGAUCUGUGUGGGGUCUUUGGCAGCAGACCUGCAGCAGCAAGGGUACGACACCAGCAAGCUGCAGCUGCCGCCGCCGGUGGGGGGCCCCCCGCUGCUGCUGCAGCAGCAGCAGCAGCAGCAGCAGCAGCAGCAGUAUGCGCCCUACUACGACGGCGCCUCCCCCGCUGCUGCUGCUGCUGCUGCUGCUGCUGCUGCGCCCUGGGGGGGCCCCCAGGGGCCCCAGCUGGGCGCCGCGACGCGCCCGUGGGGCCCCGACGACGCUGCUGCUGCUGCUGCUGCUGCUGCGGGCGCCUGGGGGCCCCAGGGGCCCCACGACGCGGGGGGCCCCUCAGCAGAACAGCUGGAAGCUUAUUUAAAAGACUUCUGCUGCAGAGUGGGCCCCGUCCAGGACUUGGGGGCCCUCAGCGAGAGACAGUCCGUCAAGUUGCUGCUGUCUCCAGAACAGGGGGAAGUGCUGCUGCGGCGGGGGCCCCCCCCCGGCCGCUACGGGGCCCCCGGGGGCCCCGGGGGCCCCGGGGGCCCCGGGGGGGGCCCCCAGCCGGGGGGCCCCAAUGCCCUGGACCGCAUCAGCGAAGUCACGGGCUGCCACGUCCGCUGCUUCUCCAGCAGCCAGGGGCCCCCCGGGGGCCCCCGGGUUGGAGUUGAGGUGUACAGACACCUGAAGGGUUGGAGUUGA